GACGAAAUGAAUGGGACGAUUGUAAAUUUGCUUUUUGCGGAGACGAGUUUAUUUUCAUUUUCAUUUCCCAUAAUUUUACAAAUUUUUUGUGAUUUCAUAUUUAUAAAAAUUGCAGUGAAUAGUAAAGUAUUGUGUGGAUAUAUAAAAUAUCAAGGUAUAAAUUGCAAAUUGAAAAUAAUUGGCAUAAUUGCUGAGGCAAUCUUCAAUUAUACUAUCAUUGGCUGUCUGGGUCGUCUGAUCAAAGGCAAAAGCGAUUGAUAACUUGAAGUGGCAGGGAGUGUAAAGAGGGUGACAAAAUCUAAAGCAAAUUCGUUGGUUAAGUGAAAUACAUAGCAAAUAAAAGUAUUUCAGUAUAAUAGAUUUAAAAAGCCCAAAGGUACAUACAUACACUUAAAGCUAUAAUCUUGAUAUAGUCCAUAAAGGAAUAGAAAACCUCCAUAAAGGAGUUAAAAGAAAACAUUCGAUUGAAACAGGCUGAAGGAAAAGGCAAGAAAAGUAUCCAUCAGACGAGACUGCUACAGCAGCGCAGUAGUGUAGCAGCAGAACGGAAAGCACAAAAAAGUGUGAAAGGUCAGCAGACAGACGAAGAGGAGACAGAAAUAAAAGAAAUCAUGCAAAAUAGUAUACUUAGCCAACAUAAAGUAUCGUAUACAAUUAUUUCAGACAUAAGUACAUAAGUCCCUGAAACGGCGUUUUGAUACAUAAGUAUUAACAAAUUUACGCUUUAUUAAAAACAAAUUCUGGUAAAACUAAAACUGUGCAUAAUAAAGUGUGAUUCAAUAAGUUUCAUAUACAUAUAUACACAUCCUUAUAUGUAUAUACGCAAAAUUCUUGGAUUAAACCAGCAGACAACGCCAGACUACGAAACAGGCACACACAGACAUAUUAUUCCGGUAUAAGUAAUAAACAAGAGGAUUAAUUCAAUCAGCUCGCGGGGAAAGGCUGAUUACUACAGUAAACCACUUUAUUAAUAUCCACUUGCCACUAAAAAGUAUUUGGCGAAAGAAAAAAAUAUAAUAUUAAAACUUUUGUGUGGGUAAAGGUAAAUAACAACACGCUUAUCUUGAACUGCUUGAAGCGAGCGUUAAAUUAGCAUUGCGCUAAAUCGGUAAUAUUUGUUGACGCACACUUGUCGACCAGUGCACUCUUCGCGUGCCACGUGCGAUGUUGCCAUUCACCCCACAAGUAGUUAAACGUUUGUUAGCACUCAAGAAGGGCAACGAAGACACGGUCGAGGGCAAGUGGUCCGAGAAGGCAGUAAAGAACUUAGUUAAGAAAGUUAAGAAAAAUAUUCAACUCGAAGAACUAGAGCGUGCUAUAUCCACGCAGAAUUGCAAUACACGCUGUGUUACCGUACCACGUAGUAAGCCAGGUGCUACUGGCGAAAAUUUACGCAAAGGUCAACCGCACGUCAUAUAUUGUCGAGUAUGGCGUUGGCCGGAUUUACAAUCCCAAAAUGAAUUAAAAGCCUUGGAUCACUGCGAAUACGCUUUUCAUUUGCGUAAGGACGAGAUUUGUAUUAAUCCAUAUCAUUAUAAAAAGAUUGAACUAUCUAUUUUGGUGCCAAAAUCACUACCCACACCACCAGACUCAAUAACCGACUAUCCAUUGGAUAAUCACACCCACCAAGUACCGAACAAUAUCGAUUAUAAUGCAACAAUACGUAGUGAUUCGUUGAGUCCUCCACAGUAUAUGGAAUUAUCAAAUCGUCACCAACAGCAACAACAGCAUUCACCAGGUGGACUGGUUGGCCUAAGUAUGAGUGCCGCUCAACAGCAACAAAUGACUGGUUCACUUGUAGGCCCGAACGCUUGCAACAUGGACUCACAAUCAAGUGUACUAAGUGUUGGUAGUAGCAUACCGAAUACGGGCACACCGCCCCCCGGCUAUAUGAGCGAAGAUGGAGAUCCUAUUGAUCCAAAUGACAAUAUGAAUAUGUCAAGAUUGACACCGCCAGUCGAUGCUAGUCCCGUAAUGUAUCAUGAGCCUGCAUUUUGGUGCUCCAUAUCAUACUACGAACUAAAUACUCGUGUCGGCGAAACCUUUCAUGCGUCACAACCAUCGAUUACAGUUGACGGUUUUACUGAUCCCUCCAAUUCGGAGCGUUUCUGUCUCGGGUUGCUUUCCAAUGUUAAUCGUAAUGACGUAGUCGAAACCACACGUCGUCAUAUUGGCAAAGGUGUACGCCUCUAUUACAUUGGUGGCGAAGUAUUUGCCGAAUGUCUCAGCGAUUCGUCGAUCUUUGUGCAAAGUCCCAAUUGUAAUCAACGUUAUGGUUGGCACCCAGCAACCGUCUGUAAAAUACCACCUGGUUGCAAUUUGAAAAUAUUCAAUAAUCAAGAAUUCGCUGCUUUGCUAUCUCAAUCAGUUUCGCAGGGUUUUGAGGCGGUCUAUCAAUUGACACGCAUGUGCACCAUACGAAUGUCGUUUGUAAAAGGUUGGGGUGCCGAGUAUAGACGUCAGACAGUCACUUCGACACCGUGCUGGAUUGAAUUACAUUUGAAUGGACCAUUACAAUGGUUGGAUCGUGUGCUCACACAGAUGGGCUCGCCACGACUACCAUGCAGCUCAAUGUCUUAAGGUGAAAAAAAGCGUUGCGACUUGUUUAUGCCGAGUAUAUAUGUAUAUGUAUGUGUAGUGCAUUAAUUAAAUGACUUAGACACAUGUAAAUUUGUAUGUACGACAGUACAUAAACAAAAUAAUUAAUUUUAUUAACAAAGUUAAUAAUUACACACAUUAUAGAUACAUACAUACAUAUAUAUGCAGAUGUACGUAUAUGCAAGCGCACAAUGCAAACCGUUUUUAUAUUCAGUGAUUCGAUUUUAACAAUUGUAUGUAAGCAUAUCCGUACGAUACAAUGAUAUUUAUCUCUCUGAGUAGCCGGAAAACACUCAAGCAUCCAAAGCUUUCAGCUAUUUUUCAUAUACAAAGUUAUUUCCGAAAUUCUGUGUUUAGACUUUUUUUCGAUUUGAGAUUUUAAGAGGUAUUUUGAGCUUUGAAAGCCCUCAUCCUCAAAUGUUAGACACAUAUUAAUUAUUAUUUUUAUUUUUAUUUAUACCCACACCGCAAGUGGCUAGCUAUCAUUUACCAAUUACAAUACAAACUUACUGUUUACGGUAUGUGCUAAAGAGAAGUUUAAUUUUGUUGGUAAUAUAACGUAAUUACGCUAAUACUGAAGCCAGUUAAACCAUGUUAUGUGUGUUUUACAUAUAUUGACUCAACAUGUUUGCAUUAAAUAAUAAUUUAUUUAUAUUUAUGGUUGAUGAAAAGUAGCGAGGCGCAGGAAAAAUUUUUAAUUUUAUAAGAAUUUCGACAGUGAACGCAAAAGAAAAGCUCCAUAAUGAUUAUGAAAAUUAGAAACAUUUUUUGGGCUUUCUACAGUUCGUUGACCACAUGCAAAAAUGUAUGUAUACAUGUCGAAGCAAAAACCAUAGACAAAUUAAUUAAUUAUGCUGUAGUCGAAACACAUUAUAAAAUCUAUUUACGUGUCUUCUAUUUUUACAAACAACUUAAAGGACACUCUCAAGCAAAGCGUAUUAAUAGUAAAUGGGCUAGACUGCCUUUGGCAUACAAAUUUAUAUAAGAAAGUAUUACAAUUCACAUUAAGCCAGGAAUUGUAAGCUGUUUCGCUGUUUCUUAUCCUUUUUGAACUAAUCGCCGCAAUACAAUGCUUGUAUUUAAUGGAAUAAUGAGAAGGCAUAUCGGUCUGGCGCACUUUAUUAUUAAAUCGUUUUGUUCACAAAGUAGUACACUCUCCUUAUAGAUUCAUGUGUAUAAAUGUAUGCAUAAACAUAUCCAUACAUACAUAUGCAAUAAAAAUAAAAAUAAUCUCAAGUAGCAAUAUACUUGAAAA